AUGUAAGAGUUAGAUUUCUUGAGGAUUUAGAGAGAGAGUUAGAAAUUUUUAGAGAUCGAUAAUAUCUUCAACAGAUUGGCAAAUAAUUUCGUAGAAAAAAUAUUUGCUUUAUUCAAAGAGAUUUUCCAAUAAGAACACAUAUACACAAUCUAAGUGAGUUAAACUUAACAUUAUAGGAAUUGUUAAAACUAGCAAUCUAAAAAGAGAUUCCGUUAAAAGAUUUUAAAUUAGCAGAACAUUACAAAUUGAAUUCAAAUAUUUUCAAAGCUAAUUUAUAAAUGAUUGUCAAUGUAAUAAUUGAUGACAUUUGGAGUGCCUACAAUAAAUAAAUUGUACUUGAUGAAAAGAGCAUAGCAGAACCAAGAUAACUGACAUAAAUAGAUGAAGAAUCAGCUAUUGAAUAAUGUUAAAGUUUAAGUGAAAACUCAAUAAUUAAAGAUAAAAAGGAGGUAGAAAUAUAAAAAUAAGUACAUUCUGCUCGAUCUCCUCUUGCUAAAUUAUUAGCUGGGGAUAAAUCUCAUUAAUUUAUAUCAAUUGCCAGUUCUCCUAGACAUUCUCGUGAUAACAGUUAAAAUAUGCUCAUAAAAUAAUAAAAAUAAGUUAUUCAAAAUUCCAAAAAGAAAAAUUCAUCUUUAAUUAAGAAUAAUAGUAUGGAUCUUAAAAAUUUAGUUGCUGAAGGAAUUCUAUAACCUAGAUCAACUAAUCGAUAGUAAUUGAGUUUAAGUAAUUUACAUCUUUUGAUGCAAAAAAUGUAAGGAUAAAAAGAGAAUUUAAAAUGA